UUUGGAAGUUUUGUUUAUUUGAAUUCUCAUUUAACAUCUUACAUAUUUAAAACGUAAAAUGCAGCUUUACAUACGCGGAAAUAAGCUGUUUACACUGAAAGCUCAGAAAGAUGAUAAUGUUAAAGCAAUAAAAGAAAAAAUAUUUGAAUCACAAGGAGUGGAAAUUUCUUCUCAAAUACUAUCUUAUCAUGGGAAACCCUUAUAUGAUAAUUUAUCACUUGAAAAUUAUAAUAUGAGUGAUAAUUCUACAUUAGAUUUUUCCAUCAAAAUCCUUGGAGGGAAAGUUCAUGGUUCAUUAGCACGAGCUGGUAAAGUAAAAGGCCAAACUCCAAAAGUAGAAAAACAAGAGAAGAAAAAGGCUAAAACUGGAAGAGCUAAAAGAAGAAUUCAAUAUAAUAGACGUUUUGUCAAUGUUGUUGCAGAUGGUAGAAUGAAGAAGAAAGGACCAAAUUCAAAUUCUUAAAUUCUUAUUAAAAAUAAAAUGUUAUAAAGGGUUAUGUUUAAUAGUUUUAUUUUUAUAUCAAAUUAGUUGUUAGUUAAAUUUUAUAAUUAACUUUCUAAAUGGUUUGCCUAACUUAGCUAAUUAACAAUGCUAAAUGACACCAGGCACUUUAU